UGAAUUAAUUUGCCCCCCUCCAUCUUGAUCCUUCCUCUAAUCCACAGCAAUUUCAGUUUUUUUCUUCUUUUCCCCUUCGUCUCCUCCUCCGGCCGCCGCCGCCGCGUAUCUCCGGCCGGUCGGCCGUCCACCGGCGGCAAUGCUUGCUGCUCCAGUGCAGCGACAGGGGAUCAAGGAGGGCCCUGCUGUCUUCCUUUAAUUUCUGUGUUUGGUCGUGGUCAAAGAGGAGUUAGGCGAGCAACGAAAUUCGUCCGGAGCUCGAGACGUUUCCUUAGCGUGCUGCAAUUCUUCUCUGCAUUUUUUUUCUUUGCUUGCUUGCUCGAUUUUGAUGCCCUUGUGGAAAACGAACUUACUCCAGUAGUAGACUUGUGCAGUUCCUUUCUGUACUCGUUUACUGACUUCUCACAGUUUGGUUUGGUUUCUUUUUCAACAAAAAAGUUUGGCACUGUUUUGAGAUGCUGUGCGAGGCAAUGAUGGUGUUGUUCUUGGUUGGGUCCCUUUCUUCUUCUUCUUCUCUCAAGAAAAAAAAUCAACAGAGAGAAAGAUCAAUUUUUUAUUGUUUAGAUUACUAUUAUUCUUCCCCUUUUGGUUUUUUCUGAUGGACCCAAAGCAGUAGUAAGCCUCCACUACAAGUUGUUGCAUGAUGCAAUCAUUUGAGGGGAAUCAAAAUCAUUUGCUCCUCGGACUAGAAAUUGGAAUUAUAAUCAGAUAAAUCAUGCAUCCUAGAUGCUCUACAACCAUCAUCACCUUCUUAGCGUGGAGGAGCUGCGGCAGAGCCUGCUGGCGGCGACGCUGGAGCUGGAGGCGGCCAAGGAGGAGCUCCGGCGGAAGGAGCAGAGCAUCGGCAAGCUGGCUGACCUCGUGGGCCACGUCACCAAGGAACGCGACGAGGCCCGGGACCAUCUGCAGAGCCUCCAAGUCGCCGCCGCCGCAGCCGCGAAGCUUCCUUCUCCUCCGGCUCCGGCGGCGGCGGCGGCCAUGGUGACGUCGAGCCUGACCGCCGACUCGGACGGCAGCCUCGUGUCGUCGUCCCCCGUCGACCCCUUCUUCCUCGACGCCGUCACCUCCUCCGACCGCCGCCCUUCGCCCAAGCAGCACAAUCCGCUUCCUCAGCAGCGGCAGCAGCAGGGCGUCGGCGCUGCCAUGGACGCCGUGCUCGAGCUUCUCGCGGCGAAGAAGCCGCUGCCGCCGAAAGGCCGGCUUCUGCAGUCUGUCAUGGCCGCGGGCCCACUGCUGCAGAAUCUCCUCGUCGCCGGGCCGCUCCCGCGGUGGCGCAACCCGCCGCCCGUCCACGCACUCGACUCUCUCCCCGCCGGCGUCGUCCAUGGCGGCGCCAUUGGCGCAGCCGGAGGAGCUUACGGCGGAAACGCGAUGGGUGGCUACGCCCCCAAUGCCAACAACGCCUGCAUGAAGCGGCCGGCGAUGGCCAUGGCCGCCGCCGCGCCGGGCUUCGUCGUCGGCAAGCGGCACAGGCUGCAUUGACCGCCGACGAUCUCCGGCUCACUCGCUCGCUGCCUUGUCGCCGACGGCUGGGGCCCUCCCGUCAGAGACACAGAAGCAGUACUACUAGUUGCUGACUGACCUUCAGUUAUAUAGUGGUUUCUCUCAUGAGUGAGUCAUAGAAGAACCGGAGUAUAGAGUUAUAUUUACCAGAGUGCUUGAUUAUGGUGUAAAUAGGAAUAUUAGUCUCACCUUUUUGUAAUUUUCCCCCCUUCUUCUCCCUCUUGCUUCUGUUUCUCAAAUUUUCAUCUGCUGGUUUGUUCAUAGGUAGCUUGACAUGUGAACUGUUUGUUCUGCUGGAAAUGAGAACUUCAGGUUUUAUUUGGUUGUUA